UAUAUAUAAGCGAUAUAUACACUAACUUGUAAACUUAAUAGCAUACUUUAAAAUAGCUUAAAACAAAAUACACACCACUAGAGAGAUGAAAAAUAAUAAGAUGGUUAGUGUGAAUUUCUUGAGAGUGAUUAUGCUGAUGCAUGCAAUUAUUGGGCUUCCUUAUAACGUGAGGGGGUUAAGUAUGGGUUACUACAUGAUGAGCUGUCCUAUGGCAGAACAGAUUGUGCAGAAUAGUGUUGACAAUGCUCUUCGAGCUGAUCCCACUUUAGCCGCAGGUCUUAUCCGUAUGCUCUUCCACGACUGCUUCAUUGAGGGAUGUGACGCGUCGAUUCUGCUGGAUUCAACAAAAGACAACACUGCGGAGAAGGAUUCGCCUGCGAACCUGAGUCUACGUGGUUACGAGAUCAUAGAUGAUGCAAAAGCAGAAAUCGAGAAUACAUGUCCAGGAGUUGUUUCUUGCGCUGAUAUUAUAGCCAUGGCUGCUAGAGAUGCUGUCUUUUGGGCUGGUGGUCCAUAUUAUCAAAUAGCAAAUGGAAGAUUUGAUGGUAAAAGAUCAAAGAUAGAAGAUACAAGAAAUCUUCCUUCACCUUUUCUCAAUGCCUCUCAACUCAUUCAGACUUUUGGGCAACGUGGCUUCAGUGUGAGGGAUGUUGUUGCUCUCUCCGGAGCACAUACCCUUGGAGUUGCACGAUGCUCGUCCUUCAAGGAUAGACUUACCACCCCAGACUCUACCAUGGACUCCUCUUUUGCAAAAACUCUCUCUAAAACUUGUAGUGCUGGUGAUAACACAGAACAACCAUUUGAUGCCACGCGUAACGAUUUCGACAAUGCUUACUUCAAUGCGCUUCAGAGGAAAUCAGGAGUCCUCUUCUCAGACCAAACCUUAUUCAACUCACCAAUGACCAGGAAUCUUGUUAAUGGCUAUGCCUUUAACCAAGCUAUGUUUUUCUUUCAUUUCCAACAAGCCAUGCAGAAAAUGAGCGAUCUUAAUGUUAAACCUGGUUCUCAAGGUGAAGUCCGUCAAAAUUGUCGCAGUCUUAACUAAGCAUAUAUGCCAAAAUGCAUUAAUGAUUUUUGUAUUAAUGCUCCAACCUUUGGUUAUAUCUCUACUCUCUCUCAUAUGAUUCAUGAUGAAUCUCUUGUGCUACCAUGUAACAUAGUUGGUGUAAUCUUAUCAUAAUAUGUAGUUGUAUACUUAUUGUUUGUGGGUUUCAGACCUUCGUCUAUGCAUGUAUUUAACAGAUAUGAUCUUUCUCUC